AUGACUAAUCAGUUUACCCAUAGCUCUAUGGGCGAUAGACGAUCCUCUAUUGUUUACUCCACUAGUGUCGGUAAAGCCGGGCUGUAUACUCCAGCCGAUUAUAUUGCAUCUGAGGUAAAUGAAGUCCUGGGAGAGGAAGGCGAGGAAGAAGGGGAAGAAGACGAUGGAUCCGGAUUGAGAAACUACAAUGAACAUAAUGAGGGUGAAUAUCAAUCGCUUUUGGAUGCGAAUAAUGCGAGAACAUUACAGAGAGAAGCUCAGCAGCUUCUCGAAGAAGAGAGAGAUCUCCUGGUUGACAAUAAGCUCUUGAAGGAAAGUAGAAAAGCAGCGGGCAACGGUACAAGGUAUAAUAGUGUGGAGGACUCUGCGGAAAUUAUAGAUACAUGGGAACAAGCGAUUGAAAAUGGCAAAGCCAUUAGUACCAGCUACAACAGAGAAGUGCAAGUUUUGGGGGUUAAUGCUCUUCCGUUGAUCUUCACGUUUAUUCUACAAAACUCUUUAUCGCUAGCGUCGAUCUUCUCAGUUUCCCACCUCGGGACGGAAGAGUUGGGUGGUGUCACUCUGGGAUCUAUGACCGCUAAUAUAACAGGUUUAGCAGCGAUUCAAGGCCUCUGUACCUGUCUCGAUACCCUUUGUUCGCAGGCAUACGGGGCUAAGAAUUAUCAUUUGGUGGGUGUGCUAAUUCAGAGAUGCGCGGUUAUCACGAUGCUUUCAUUCUUGCCUAUCAUGUAUAUCUGGCUUUUCUGGUCUGAGACAAUACUCUCCUGGAUGAUCCCCGAAAGACAGCUAUGCGAAUUGGCAGCAAGAUACCUACGAGUGGCAGCGUUUGGUGUACCCGGCUUUGUCCUAUUUGAGUGCGGGAAGAGGUUUUUGCAAUGUCAGGGGAUAUUUCAUGCUUCUACUAUUGUUCUCUUCUUCUGCGCACCUUUGAACGCGAUUAUGAACUACGUUUUGGUGUGGGACAAAAGGUUUGGUGUUGGUUACCUCGGAGCUCCACUUUCCGUUGCAAUUAACUAUUGGCUGAUGGCUUUCGGCUUGUUUCUUUAUACCAUCUUCACAAAGCAAGAUAUUAGACCAUUGAAAUGUUGGAAUGGGUUGAUCAAACCCAAUCAAGUCUUCAAAAACUGGAAGAAAAUGCUCAGCUUGGCACUUCCAGGCAUUUUGAUGGUGGAAACUGAAUUUUUGGGUUUUGAAAUCUUAACUGUGUUUGCAUCGCAUUUGGGCUCCACUUCUUUGGGCGCUCAGUCAAUCGUCUCAACGGUAGCGUCUCUAGCGUAUCAGGUUCCGUUCUCAAUUUCAGUGUCUACCAGUACCCGCGUGGCCAAUUUCAUUGGAGCUUCAUUGUACAAAAGUUGCAUUAUCACUUGUAAAGUUUCGUUACUUCUAUCAUUUGCCUGUUCAUCCUUCAAUAUGUUGUUAAUUUUCAACUUCAGGACUCAAAUCGCUAAAAUGUUCUCAACUGAACCCGACGUCGUUGAUUUGGUCAUCUCAGCUUUGCCAGUGCUUGCAUUCAUGCAGUUAUUCGAUGCCUUCAAUGCAUCCACCGCUGGUUGUCUCCGAGGCCAGGGUAGACAAAAGAUUGGUGGCUACAUCAAUAUGAUUGCCUUCUAUUGUAUUGGCCUUCCAAUGGCUUACUUAUUAACAUUUCGCUUUAAUAUGAAUGUGAGCGGAUUGUGGCUAGGUAUCACUUGCGCUUUGAUCAUGAUGAGUGUGUGUCAAGGCUUUGCUGUUUUCCACUGCGAUUGGCUCGAAAUCAUACGAGCUGCCAGAAGUCGUAACACGGAGACAGCGAGAGUAUAG